UAGUAUUUCGUAGUAAACUUCCUACCAGGUCGGACCAUCCGCUUGUUGGGAUAGUCACCGUUACGUAUCUGCUUCUUUCCAGUUAAACUUACUUCACGAAGGUGUACCCACGAUACUUAUACUUGCCGCUUAAAUCCAUUAUGACGCUAAAUUUGUCCGGUAGUUCUACAACGUUAUUUCUUGAAGCUUCUCAGCAGAAUGUGUCGCAAACGAAAUUGGUGGAAAAAGAGACCAUGACGCAAAAACUGUUAACACAAAAUGCACAAAACUCACGGACUAACAAUAAGUACGAAUGGAAGAUCGUCUGGAGAAACGUGAUAUCUCUUGCUUACCUUCAUAUUGUUGCACUUUAUGCAUUGUAUUUUAUACUAACAAUGGAGAUCAAACCUCUCACGGUCAUUUGGAAUUUGGCAGUGGGUGUUCUUGCAGGUAUAGCUAUUACAGGAGGUGCCCACAGAUUGUGGUGUCAUCGAGCUUAUAAAGCGAAAUGGCCGAUGAGAGUUAUUCUUAUGAUUCUACAAACCGCUGCUUUCCAAAAUCACAUUUACGAAUGGGUAAGAGAUCACAGAGUGCACCAUAAAUUUAUGGACACGGAUGCGGAUCCGCAUAAUUCGAAGAGAGGCUUCUUCUUCUCGCACGUAGGCUGGCUGAUGGUCCGCAAGCAUCCGGACGUUAUUAGUAAGGGAGCCACGAUCGACAUGAGCGAUCUCGAGAAAGAUCCUAUCGUCGUCUGGCAACGUAGGUACUACGCUGUUCUGAUGCCUCUUUUAUGCUUCGUGAUUCCCACGUUGGUACCGAUCUACUUUUGGAACGAGAAACCCAUAUACGCGUGGUACGCUGCCGUUUGGAGAUACGUAACAACAGUGAACGGAACUUGGUUGGUAAAUUCCGCGGCCCACAUGUGGGGUAUGAAACCGUACGACAGCUCCAUUAGUGCCACUAACAACUAUGGUGUCAGUUACCUAGCUUUCGGCGAGGGCUGGCACAAUUACCAUCACGUGUUCCCAUGGGAUUACAAGACCAGCGAAUUAAACAACUAUGGCUCAAACUUGACCUGUGCUUUCAUCGACUUUUUCGCCUGGCUCGGCUGGGCGUACGAUCUGAAGACCGUGGGACAUGACUUAAUAAAGAAGCGCGCAGCCCGAACAGGCGACAAUUCGAUAUAUGAGCUAGAGGGUGAUCUUAACGAUGAACAUCAUCAUACGCAAGAGAAAAUAAUAUGGGGAUGGGAGGACGCUGAUAUGUCAGUGGAGGAUAAGCUGGCAGCGGAGAUAUUCAACAAGGAGUCCCGAGAUUAAAAUCCUCAAAAUUUUUGACGUAGCAUUACAGUUGGAAUUACGUAGAAAGUGUCGUCCGACAGUCGUUUGGGUGUACAAUAGUUAUGUAUGGUAAAUGCAUAAUGAUAUCGGUAAUUAACGGUGAAAGGUUAACAUGUAUUGUUAUACAUGUAAAGUUUCGUAUUUAUCUGUUAUAGAGGUUUAGUAUUUAUGCUUUUGACGAUUGCGUAUGUCUCUGGCAAGGAACAGCUCGGCCAUUACACUAGCCGCUGGUAUUGGAGACGGCCAUUUUGUUACAAAUAAAUGGAGAAAAUGUCACCAUGGAUAUUUCACGGAAAUUAAUAACAGGUAUAAUAUCCGUCUUA